CAAGCACAGAAAAGGGAAAGGUUAAAGAGAAAAAUAAAGACAAAACAAAAAAAAAAAUUAAAGAAAAGAGAAAAAGGGUUGGCUAAACCAAUAAAAAACAACAUUCCAAAGAUGUAGAUAAAGAACAAAAGUAAUCAUAUAAGUUAACUCUCUUUUUCACACACAACAGCUUUACUCCACCAAGAUAGCUGAUCAGACCUAUAUAAACCCAUCAAGAUCCAUACAUUAAGAUAUCAAUUCAAACCUCAAAUAUUCAAUACCUUAAUCAAUAUGGAAACAUUAUCAACUUUCUCUUACACAUUCCUUUCUUUAAUAAUUCUUUUUAUCUCCAUUUCACCUUUCUCAUCAUAUGCAGCCUCUUCUCACCAUGACCAAACUGCCAAUAACUCCCCUAAAUUACAAGCAGAAAGGCUGAUAAGAGGAUUUAACUUGUCCCCUAAGCACUCCAUCAACCUGCCAAAGAUUGCUGAUGAUUCUUUAGAAAAUAGCCCUGAUCUUGUUGAGAAGCCAUUGAACCUCAAUCUUCUUGGUGAUUCUGGUCCUUCUGUUCAGGAUUUUGGUCAUCAUGCUGGGUACUUUAAGCUUCCUCAUACUAAAGCUGCAAGGAUGUUCUAUUUUUUCUUCGAAUCACGAAACAACAAGAAUGAUCCUGUUGUUAUAUGGUUGACUGGAGGGCCAGGAUGCAGCAGCGAAUUAGCAUUGUUUUAUGAAAAUGGUCCUUACCAUCUUUCCAACAACAUGUCUCUUGCAUGGAAUGACUAUGGUUGGGAUAAGGCAUCAAAUCUCAUAUUUGUUGACCAGCCUACUGGAACAGGAUUCAGUUAUACAACAGAUCAAAGUGACCUUCGACAUGAUGAAAAUGGUGUUAGCAAUGACUUGUAUGAUUUCUUGCAGGCAUUCUUCAAACAGCAUCCUCAGUUGGUUAAAAACGAUUUUUACAUAACUGGAGAAUCUUAUGCUGGGCAUUAUAUCCCUGCUUUCGCUUCUCGGGUUCAUUCAGGAAACAAGAACAAAGAAGGGAUUCAUAUAAAUCUCAAGGGAUUUGCUAUCGGUAAUGGUCUAACUGAUCCUGGUAUCCAGUACAAAGCAUACACUGAUUAUGCAUUAGAGAAUGAUUUAAUUGAAGAAUCAGAUUAUGAAAGAAUUAAUGAGAUGAUGCCAUCAUGUGAUCAGGCAAUCAAAGCUUGUGGCACCAAAGGAGAAUCUACCUGUGAAUCUGCGUACAGUGUUUGUAAUAACAUAUUCAAUGAGAUCAUGGAUGUUGUUGGCAACGUAAAUUACUAUGAUAUCAGAAAGAAAUGCGAAGGGCAAUUAUGUUAUGAUUUUUCAGACAUGGAGACAUUCCUCAAUGAAAAAGUUGUGAGGGAUUCUCUAGGAGUGGGCAACAGAGAAUUUGUUUCAUGCAGCACGGAAGUUUAUGAUGCAAUGAUAAAGGACUGGAUGAGGAAUCUUGAAGCGGGAAUUCCUGCGCUUCUUGAGGAUGGUAUCAAGGUACUUAUAUAUGCCGGAGAGGAAGAUCUCAUAUGCAACUGGCUAGGAAAUUCAAGGUGGGUUCAUGCAAUGCAAUGGACCGGACAGAAAGAUUUUGAAGCAGUUUCGAGUGUUCCAUUUAAGGUUGAAGGUGCAGAAGCCGGACAGUUAAAAAGCCAUGGCCCUCUCACUUUCCUCAAGGUUAAUGAGGCUGGUCAUAUGGUUCCAAUGGAUCAACCAAAAGCUGCAUUACAGAUGCUGACGAGUUGGAUGCAAGGGAAGCUUGCUGAUACUAACAGAGAAAAAGUUUCUCCAAAGUGAUUGCCUCAUUUAAAUUUUCCUCCCUUCUCAUAUCAUUAUCCAGCAUAGUUUCACUUCUAUGGUUUUCAAAGUUCUGUAUGUUGUGAAAUGUUUGGAUUGUACCAAAUUCAAUGAUUCUGUUUUAAAUUCUUCCACAAACUUAAAAUAAAAAUGAAAGAAACGAAAAAGAUUUAUCCUUUUUGUAA